GGGCGACGUCACCAUCAGUGGCGCGCGUGAAGACUCGACACAUGACAUCGCUGCAAUCUACGUGACGUCAUCACUACACUCGCAGCGUGAUGCGAACUCCACAAGCUGUGCAACAUCGCCGCUACACGCGGCGCGACGUCAUAGACCACGCCGGUAAUUACGUCACCACGCACGCGCGACGGGAUGUCGUCACUGCAAACCGCUAAUCGCGGCGUGACGUCACCUCACAGCCCCCCCCCCCACCACCACCACCGGGGUGGCGCCGGCGUGUUGACGCGCGACGUCACACGUCCCUGGGCCAAUGGGAGCGCGAGGUGUGGAGCUUCCUGUUGUGGGCCUGGGGGGGGGAGGGGACCGGGGCCCCGGACCCUGAAUCCCCCCAGCAACUCUCACAGAGCGCAGCCCUAGGGGCGUCCUCUGGAGCCCCCCCACCGUCUCCCCUACUACUGAGGUACUUACUGAGUCCACUAGAGUCCUCUGGAGCCCCCCCCCCCGUCUCCCCUACUACUGAGGUACUUACUGAGUCCCCGGGUCUCUGUCUCCUUGAGUCCCCUAGUCCUUGAGUCCUCUAGUCCUCGAGUCCUUGUCUCCGCUCUAGCUCCCGACUCCCUGUCUCCCCCGAGUUCCCAAGUCCCUGGAAGUCUCCCCGAGUCACCACCGAGUCGUUGAGUCUCGAGUCCCUCAAAUCCCACGUCUCUCUGAGUCCCAUGUCCCCGGGUCUCCCGAGUCCCUGAGUGUCCCCCCCAAGUCGUCGCCUCCCUGGCCUGCUGUGGUUGAGGCGAUGCCGGUCACGUCGCCUCGUCGCCUCUCUGCCCUGGCGUGGCCUCCGAUGGUGCUGCUGCUGUGCCUCACCGCGGUGUGCCCCGGCGUGGGCGAGGGUGGCACCGUGGCGGUGCCGGAGACGCUGCUGUUUGUCUCCACGCUGGACGGCAGCAUGCACGCCGUCUCACGCCUCACCGGCGCCGUCAAGUGGACCCUCAAGGAAGAGGCCGUGCUGCAGGUGCCCGUUCAUCUUGCCGAACCCGCGUUUCUGCCGGACCCUAGCGAUGGCAGCCUCUACACGCUCGGGGGGAAACACGGCGAGGGACUCGCCAAGCUGCCAUUCACCAUCCCGGAGCUGGUGCAGGCGUCUCCGUGCCGCAGCAGCGACGGCGUGCUCUACACCGGCAGGAAGGUGGACGCGUGGUACGUGGUGGACCCCACCACGGGUGAGAAGCAGCAGACGCUCACCACGGCCGUCCCCGUCAACGUGUGUCCCUCCUCACCACUCCUCUACAUCGGCCGCUCUGAGUACACGGUGACUCUGUACGACACGGCGACGCGCGAGGUGCGUUGGAACGCCACCUACUACGACUACUCGGCCAGUCUACCCGACGUGGAGGCGCAGCAGCAGCACUCGCUGGUGCACUUUGCGUCGAGCGGCGACGGGCUGGUGGUGUCGGUGGACGGCGACACGGGCCAGGUGGCGUGGGCCCGCGACUUCGGCUCGCCGGCCGUGGGGCUGUACGCGUGGAGCGGCAGCGCGCUGCGCCGCGUGGCGCGCACCGCCGUCGCCGCCGAGACGCUGCGCUUCCUCACCUUCAUGUCGGGCGACGCGGGCCGCAUCACGCGCUGGAAGUACCCCUUCCCGCUGGGGCCCGCCAACACCAAGCUGCUACCGACCCUGUACGUGGGGAAGUACUCGCGCAGCCUGUACGCGUCGCCCUCGCUCGUCCAUGAGGGCGUGUCUGUCGUGCCGAGGGGCCGGCCCCUGCCCCUGCUGGAGGGCCCCGUGCCGGACCAUCUGACGUCGCCCGUAUCGGGCGAUGAAGGCCAUGAGUGUGAGAUCACCCCCAGCACCGAUGUCAAGUACCCACAAGGCACUGGGGCUGGCGCUCGCUCCCAUCUGCAGUCCAACCAUUGGCUGCUCAUCGGACACCACGAGCGCCCGCUGCCGGCGCACGGCGAGCUCCCCAACGGCCUCCCCGAGCGCGCCGCCGCAUCCGGCACCGUCAUCCCCAGCGCCGGCGCUGGCGGCGGCAGAGACGGUGGCGCGGAGGGCGGCGAUCGACACUCGUACACGCCGGACCCCGGCGGAGACCCCUCGCCCCCCGAGAGGGACGCCGGUCGGGGUGGCGGCGCCCGGGGUGACGGGCCGGGCCCCCCGCCCGCGGCGGGCCCCCCGCGACCCCCCCACGAGCCCCCCCCCGCGGUGUCGAGGGACGUCGCCGUGCUGCUGCUGGGCUCCGUGCUGCUCGCGGGAUGGGUGGCCUUCCUCGUCACCUACCCCAGGACGGUGCAGCAGCAGCGUGAGCAGCGCCAGCAGCUUGAGGAGCGCCUGGAGGAGCGCCUGCAGCUGCUGGCGCAAGCGCAGGCCUUGGCCCUGGCGGCGCCCGGCUCCCCGGCUCCGUCACAAUCCUCCUCCUCCACCUCCUCGUCGUCCGCCUCCUCCUCCUCGUCGUCGCGGCUGCUCCCCCGCUCCCCGGGGGGCGGAGAGCGGCGCCCCACCGACUCACCCCGGCACCGCUUGAGCCGCUCCUCAGGGUCCGGACGCCUGCGUCACUCUGGCGGUGCCACGGCCCCCGGCGCCGUCGCAGAGGGGAGCGCCGGCGAGCGCGACGAUGACGACGAGGAGGGCGAGGAGGAGGGCGAGGAGGGCGAGGAGGAGACGCGUGUGGGCAGCAUCUCUUUCUACCCGCGCCACGUGCUGGGCCACGGUGCCGAGGGCACCAUCGUCUACAGGGGCCGGUUUGACGGGCGCGCCGUGGCCGUGAAGCGCAUCCUGCCCGAGUGCUUCAGCUUUGCGGAGCGCGAGGUGCGGCUGCUACGCGAGUCCGACGAGCACGCGCACGUCAUCCGCUACUUCUGCACGGAGCGCGACCGCCAGUUCCAGUACAUCGCCACUGAGCUGUGUGCCGCCACACUGCGCGAGUAUGUGCUGGACCCGGCCUUCGAGCGGCGAGGCCUCGACCCCGUCACGCUGCUGCAGCAGACGCUGUCCGGCCUGGCUCACCUCCACUCGCUCAACAUCGUGCACAGGGACCUGAAGCCCCACAACAUCCUGCUGUCGCUGCCCAGCGGCCACGGCCGCAUCAAGGCCCUCAUCUCUGACUUCGGCCUGUGCAAGAAGCUGUCGGCCGGCAGGCAGAGCUUCAGCCUGCGCUCGGGGAUCCCCGGCACGGAGGGGUGGAUCGCGCCGGAGCUGCUCACGCAGGACUGCAGCCCGACGUGUGCUGUAGACAUCUUCUCCGCUGGCUGUGUGCUCUACUUCGUGCUCUCGGGGGGCCGCCACCUCUUCGGGGACCGCCUGCACCGCCAGGCCAACAUCCUCGCCGGCGCCUACAGCAUGGAGCAGCUGUCGCCCGACGAGCACGACGGCGCCAUCGCUCGCGCUCUCAUCGGGUCGAUGAUCGCGGCCGUCCCCGCCCGGCGUCCGUGCGCCGGCCGUGCCCUCAAGCACCCCUUCUUCUGGAGCCGCGAGAAGCAGCUCCACUUCUUCCAGGACGUGAGCGACCGGAUCGAGAAGGAGCCGCUGGACGCGCCGGUGGUGCGGGCGCUGGAGAGGGGCGGUCGCGCCAUCGUGCGCGACGACUGGCGCUCGCGCAUCACGCUGCCGCUGCAGAUCGACCUGCGGAAGUUCCGGUCGUACCGCGGGAGCUCUGUGCGCGACCUGCUGCGUGCCAUGCGCAACAAGAAGCACCACUAUCGCGAGCUGCCGAGCGACGUGCAGCAGACGCUGGGCUCCGUGCCCGACGACUUCGUCACCUACUUCACGUCACGGUUCCCGCACCUCCUCUUGCACACCUACACCGCCAUGGCCGCCUGUGCCCAUGAGCGCCUCUUCCACGCCUACUACCACCACGAGCACCAGCAGGACGCCGAUGCCACCGCCGAUGCCACCAAUGCCGCCGCUCGAGCGCCACUGCUGGCGCCACCAACGGAGGCCUGAGCGGCAGCGAUGCGGGGAGAGAGGCGACAGCUGCUUGUUGACGCCGCCCCGGCUGCUGCAUCAUGGGAGAUGCAGCAGCUGUCGUUGGUGCCGCGAGCCUGGCACGGCUGGCGAAGGGUGCGGGCCAGAGGGGGAAGAGCUCACAGACGGAUGGGGAAAGUGAGUGGACGGACAGGCGGCAGCAUGGAUGCAGGCAGUCGCAUUGGAGGCCUUGGCCAGACUGCUGUGGCAAGUGGUGGGGGGCAGGGGUAGCAAGCCCAGUCCCCCUGCAGCUCUGCCCCCAACAAAUGAGGAUGCUGAGAGGAGUCGACCCUGCAAUUAUUUUGUGGCCCAAAGCGCCUCCAAUAACGCCUGCGUUCCUGUGGCUGCCCUGCUGGGGGGGGGUGUGGGGGGGGUUGUGGGUGGCCCCAGACUGCUGACAGUGAAGCGCUUAUUUAAAUGGUGAUGGUUUUGGGGAUUCCUUCCUUAUCUUGAGAAAAUGAAAUUGACCAAAGUUUUGAAAAGCAAAAAAAACAUUUUUACAGGAAGCCACCGCCUCAAUCUGCUCGUGCAGAUUGUGAGGCAGUGGUGGUGCGCGUUUGUGCGCAUGGGUGUAUUUAACUUGAUUUGUACUUCUACUGAAACCACUGUAAAUAAAACUCUGCUUUUGCCUAUAA